AUGUCAGAUUUUGGAGACCUGACACUCAGCCCACAGCCCCCUUCAAACCUGGCGCUUUACCUGAUCGUCUCACUGAGCACCAUAUCUCUCAUAUUCCUGGUGGCUAUUAUUGUGCUUGCUGGGGUAAAGUGCUAUAAAGACAGAGAAACCAUAAGUGGGUACAGUUUACCCCCCUUCGCAUGCUGCUGCUGCGGGGGCUUCCAGCCUGAGCCGCCUCCCGAGGCGUUCAAAAAAUCUAACCUGAACCUGCAGAUUUCUUCAGCCUCAAAAGUGCCCACAAACUGUAUGGAAGCAAACGGGAACAGCAGUCUCUCCCAGUCCUAUUGUUAUAAAGUGUGCCUAACACCAGAAUCAGCCAAAAGUGACUUUAUGUUCAUUAAACCAUGCAGUCCGAGCAGUGCGCCGCGAAAUAAUGAAGCAAAGAGCGCGGAGAACUCCUGGACAGCGCACAGCCGGAGCGCAUCUGUCAACAACGGAGCGACUACUCCCAGCGAGCUGAAGCAGCCCAACACAGACUGGACUCUUACAAAGAAUCAGAACUCGUCGAUCAAAAGUUACAACUCUAUCAACAUGGAUGGAACCCUUAUGCGCAAAGCAAUGCAUACAGACCCAGAAAACUAUGUGACCUCAAUGGCCCCGGGGCAGUACUGGACAUGGGGGACCCACAUGAAGGGCAUGAAAGAAUAUAUGAUGUCCCCUUCGACCAGCAGUGUGCAGUCACGGCCCUGGACCCCCAGGUGCACACCCCCUCCUCAGCAGCAGCAGCCAUCUCUGCCCUCGCACCCACACCCUCACCCUCCCCCGGACUACCACCACAAUGUCCACAUCCCCGGGACCCCCUCCGGCUUCUGCACCCUGCGACCAGUAGUGCACAGGAGCGAGCUGGACGUGCACAACUCCUUCUCCACGUUUGGGAAAAAGAGGCGUCUCCAAAUGUCCCCGCAGGGCGAGGCCGCCAUGAUCAAUAAUGACUUGUAUAAUGACUGA